AUUUUGUCCGACGGGGAUUCGUCAUGCUACCAAGUACACCAUCAGUUCGAGUCUUUGGCCCUAAGCUCUUCCUAAAAAAGGCAACAACACCUUCGUAGCGAGAAUUUGGCGCCGAAAAUAUCCAUCACCUGCCAGCAAUCUGGCCCUGGUUCUUUUUUUCGAACCAUCAUGUCCAGACAGCCCUCACCGGGAAAUGCGCAUCUCUCCAACCCGGCUCAAGGGCAAAUUCAGUCGGCAAAACAACAAAAACCAAAACCAUACUCGGGAGGUAUCACCGCUGGCGCUGAAGAUGCCAAGUACCACAACAAAUACAAGGAGUUGAAAAGAAAAGUCAAGGAAAUUGAGUCGGACAAUGAUAAACUACAGCUUAAGGUUAUGCAGGCCAAGCGAAAUAUCCAACGGAUGAAGCUCGAGAGGGCAAUUCUUUAUGAACGCCUCUCGGUCGCGCCUCACCCGCACUCGCCAGAAUUGCAGGAUCGCCAACCGCUCCCUCCUAUCGCCCCUCAGGGCCAGCCCCUGCCCAGCUCCCACCAUCACCGCGAGGGGCCACCCAUAGACCAUGAUCCUGGUCUUGUCGAGUAUAUGCGAAUUCAUGGCAAUGCAAGGGUCGUUGCUGGCCCGGACGGUCGCCCUGUGCCCGUCGCUGAUCCGUCGUUAGGCCCAGCAGUCGCGCCGGCAACGUCCUCGAUGCGCUCGACACGGCGCAGCUCAGCAGGUGUUCCACCAGCCCACGACGCGCGUCUCGGUGCAAUACCCCCUUUACCUCCCAUGCAGCCCCCUAUGGAACCAGGACGAAGCCACUCGACUCGUUCUCACUCUCAUACGACAAGUCCAACCAUCCACCAUUCUCACGUAAAUUCACCUCAUGAACGGUCGCAUUCAGGUUCGCGGAGGGGUCCUUCGGCACCUUAUGCACCCCACUCGUACCCAGUGGACAAUCUACCACCCGUUGGCCAUGUUAUGCUCAGCUCGCCACCCCCAUCAGAUCGUGAACGUUCCCGACGUCAGGAUAUGCACGAACUAGCUAUUCCUCAUGGUGAUAUACACAAUCAUGCUAUGGGCCCGCUAUCUCCUCGUUCGCAUUCGUCUGAUACCCGGUCUUCUUCUAGCAGAGUGCACAACCACCAGCGUCUCGGUCCCGGCACGUACAUCAACAGAGAGGAUCAUCGGGACCGUCAACGCGAGAUUGAAUACGAUGCGGAACGGCAGUGGGAGAUAAGAGAACGUGACCGUCGCGAUAUGAUGCGCGGUGGCCGGGAAGCUGAGAUGGGUCCUGCUCACAUGCACUCACCUCCAGUGGUCCAUCGGUCCUCCAGACACUCUAUGGAAUACACAGACCAUCACACGUCGCGUAUGCGCGAAGAACCAGGAUAUUACCAUGAAAUGUCAGGUAGCAGUGCGAGCGCGGGUCCUGGCUAUCCAAUGCACUCUCGGUCCGAGACUCCUGGCUCAGGAUCAGGUGGUUCAGGCUCUGGCAUUGGUGGGGCUGACGGUCCCUCUCGUCCGGAUUCUCGCGGCCAGUACUAUGACCACGAUCGACCGCGAUCGUUUAGGUUGCGCCCGGUCAGUCAAGCACAAGCGCCGUCAGCCCCACCUCAGGAAGAAUUGGACUUUGUACACGAAGACGGGAGGUCACAGUCUAGAGAUCGUGGUGGAGGCGGCGGUGGCGUUUAUACACCUUCGGAACAAGGAAGGUCCUCCGCUAGGAUUGACGCUAGGAAACGGCGAAGUGUAGAUAUGAUGGAUGUUGAUGAUCCUGCCAUGGGAGGUCUCUAUCCCGGGCAGGAUAGGGGUGCCAAACGUUAUCACAGGGAGCGCGUACGGGGUGGUGAGGACCAGGAUGACGACCGUAUGGGGCCUUGAAAGCCUCUGACCGUUCUGUUUGGACAUUAGGUACGAUAAUCAGGGUCUGUCUUUCUAUUUUCGUUGUCGUGCAAUUCUUCUGUAGUAUGUACAUCUACAAGAGUUCUCUUCCUAUUCUUCAUACAAGGGUUGAGUAAACGUCUCAGAGAUACAUCGUCCACCCACGAACGUCAUUUUCACUUUAAAAACCUUAUGCUCAUGACGUAGGCACUGUGUGGCGUAAUGGUACCAGUUUCAUUUAUCAUAAUUGUUCGCUGGAGACACGCUACGGCCGAGCAGUGGUGACCAG